AUGAACCCGUUUGACGGCUCCGGGUCUCCCCGCUGUGAGGAUGCGGAGCGCCGGGACGGCAGCCGGUGUCCGUGGGCCCGCUUCUCCUGCUGGCUGGAGUGCGUGUGCGUCGUUACCUUCGACCUGGAGCUCGGACAAGCCAUAGAGUUGGUGUAUCCUCAGGAUGUGAAGCUCACUGAGAAAGAGAAAACAAGCAUCUGCUACCUGUCCUUCCCCGACUCGUACUCAGGAUGCCUCGGGGACACUCAGUUCAGCUUCAGGUUACGUCAGUCGGUGGGACGCCGAGCGGCGAGGACCAGAGAGGACGUUUACAACCGAGACGCUCCGGUCACCCUGCAGACGGAGGCUUCACAUUUCUUCGGUUUCGUUUAUUUCAGACAAGUGAAGGAUGUUUCUGUGAAGAGAGGAUAUUUUCAAAAGUCUCUGGUGUUGGUGUCCAGGUUGCCGUACACUCACCUGUUCCAUUCGCUGCUGCAGCUCGUCGCGCCCGAGUUCUUCGAGAAGCUCGAGCCCUGUCUGGAAACAGUGUGUCACGAAAUCGACCAAUGGCCUUCACCCGUACCUGGAAUGACCCUCAACCUGCCGGUGAUGGGCGUGGUCUUACAGGUGCGGAUUCCUUCUAAAUCGGACAAACCAGGUGGAAGUCCAGUGAGAGCGGUCGCUCUUCAGGAACUCCUACCUGCUCCGACUCUGCUGCCGACCAUCCACGAACUCGACCUUUUCAAGUGUUUCCAGCCGGUUCUGGUCCACCUGCAGAUGCUCUGGGAGCUUAUGUUGUUGGGUGAACCGCUGGUCGUCAUGGCGCCAUCUCCCACCGUCUCCUCGGAAACGGUGCUGGCUCUCAUCAGCGCCAUCAGUCCUCUGAAGUUCUGCUGCGACUUUCGUCCAUAUUUUACGAUCCACGACAGCGAGUUCAGAGAGUACACCACACGCACGCAGGCGCCGCCUAACGUGGUUCUCGGCGUCACUAACCCGUUCUUCAUAAAGACGUUUCAGAGCUGGCCUCACGUCCUGCGGAUCGGAGAAAUCAAGAUGGCGGGUGAUUUACCCAAACAGGUGAAGGUGAAGAAACCGUCCAAACUGAAAACACUCGACACCAAACCAGGUGUGUUCACUUCGUUCAGGUCGUUUCUGCACAAAGACAAAAUCCUGAUCAAGAGAAUCCUAAAGGGCAUCCAGAGGAAGAGACCGUCUGAGGUCCAGAGCGCCAUCAUCAGGAGACACCUGUUAGAGCUCACACAGAGCUUCAUCAUCCCGCUGGAGCGGUACAUGGCGAGCUUGAUGCCUCUGCAGAGGUCGGUGACAGCUUGGAAGACUCCUCCUCAGGUGCGACCCUUCAGUCAGGACGAGUUCAUGUCGACUUUGGAGCACACGGGGCCUCAGCUCACCUCGAUGCUCAAAGGUGAUUGGAUGGGACUAUACAGGAAGUUCUUCAGGUCGCCGAACUUUGACGGAUGGUUUCGCCAACGACACAAAGAGAUGACUCAGAAACUGGAGAGUAUCCACCUGGAGGUCAUCUGUGACUCCGACCUGCUGGGUUGGACCAAAGAGAAGUCAGAGGUGGAGAUCGUGGAUUUGAUCCUGAAGCUCAGAGAGAAACUGGUGAAAGCUCGGCGGCAGCAGCUGCAGGUGAGAGACGAUGUUGUGGAAAAACUCGACGAUUUUAUUCACUCGAUCAUCCAGUCGCUGCCCGAAGACCUGCAGACCGUCCUCAACACACAAUAAACAGACAUUUAAUGAGUUCUUCUGGUUUAAAGUUGUCAUUCUGACAGGUUAUAUUAAUAUGAAUUGUGAUAAAAUUAGUAAAAAUUAAGAAUUUAAAUUGAGACUGAUGAAGUGACUCUGGAUGGUGAGGUUUAGUGAAUCCUGAUGAAUCUGUUUGUUUGAUUUUUUGUUCUGAAGCAGAAUGUUUUGUUUUAUGUUGUUAGUUUCUGUUCUGAAGUCUGAUGUUUGGAUCGUAAACGUUGGAUCAACUCUUGGUGUUACGUCUAAAAAGGGACGGAGGAAAAGUGGUUGAGAUGUUCUGAAAUAGUACGACUGUAUUCACAUUAAGCGACGUCUUUUCUCUGAGCAUUGAGCCAAUUCUCACCGUGUCUUAUGGGAAUAUUCUGGUUUAAGUUAAGGCUUUUUCUUUCAGACGAUGUGGAUUAGUACUUUGUUUUAAUUCAGAAAAAUGCUAAAAGUUUUCUGUUUACUUAGAUCCACUUUUGUUUAUUUAUUUUUAUUUAAAAUACAGAUUAACUAACAGAUGACGGUAUUUUUCUAUCACUUUUCUCCCACACAAACUGAAGUCAGUGAAUGUAACACUAAUAAUAAUAUUGUGUUGUUUAUUUUCAAAAUGUAAAUAAUUUGUUUCUUUCAAAAGUAAAACCUGAAUUGUCACAUUGA